GAAGCUUCUGCUUUGAUUCAUUUCACUUAGGGUUUGUUUCUCCGAUCAGAUCCAAUUUCAAUUCCUUGAAAUCCUCAGAACAUUCAUUAUCCGGCAAAUUCUCUCCUCCGUCGCGAUGUCUCUCCGCCGCACUAUCCUCGAUCUCCACCGUCAAUCCCACAAAGCCUCUCUCUCAAAGUCGUUUCCUUUCUCGAUGAGCCAAAUCUCCUCCGCGUCCGCCACCACCGCCGUGAGAAACCCACUGGGAAUGGGAAGAGACCUCUCUUCAAUCCCCUUUGCCCUAGCCCAGAAACUCAAACCGGAUUCAACCAAUCUCGUCACCGAUCGCUCCAUUUCUUCUUCAAUCCGACAAUCUAAUCUCAACAACGCAGCCAAGUUCUCGCGUCUCUCGUCUUCCCGAGGUUACACUAACGCAUCUUUCUUACCAAAAAUUCAUUUACUGUAUCACAUCAACGAAGGUAUGGAAGAGAUUUUGGCGGAUUACGUUCAUCAAGAGAUGACUAGGCACUUGAUGGUGAUCUCUCUGGGAUUGUUCCAGUUCAUCGUGAUCAAAGAUAUUUUCGUGUUUCUUUUCUGAAACAAGUUAACAUCUUUUGGAAUCUAAGGAACAUAGAGUCUUUUCCUUUUUAUCUUCUUGGUGUUUUAUGAAUAAGAACAUGAUGCAAUAUCGCAUCUUUUUUUUUUUUUUUAUCUUCUGUGUGUGUUGGUUGAGUUUCUGGUUUGGUGUAUUGGGUUGUAAAGGCUUAAGUGGAAUUCUAAGUCUGUUCAAUAACUUUUCUGUUUAGUAAAGAGUCAGGAGUGUUCUUCCUGAUGGUUUGAGAAUCUAUCUGUUAAGCUUUUGAUUGAAUAACGAGAAGUUCUAUUAGCUCUC